AGGAUCUCAAUACGGGAAAGAAGAUUGGUGGGGGGCAUGAGGCUGGUGGAUUGUAUUACCUUGACGGUGGUGGAUCGUCAGUUGCAGUUCAGACUUCACUCACUCCUCUACUGUGGCAUUGUCGACUGGGACAUCCAUCUCUCAAGAUAUGAUCCAUUCACCAAUUUAUACCACUAUGACAUGGAGGGUAAUGGCGUGAUAUGUUUGGCUGUUGACAUUCUUCCAACAGAGUUUGCAAAAGAGGCUUCGCAACAUUUUGGAGAUAUCCUUUCCCAAUUUAUUGGUAGCUUGGCUUGUACAAAAGAUAUCUCAGAAUUACCUUCCCACUUAAGAAGAGCUUGCAUAGCUCAUGGAGGAUCACUUACUCACUUGUAUGAAUACAUUCCACGCAUGAGAAAUUCUGAUUCAGAUGAUAUGGAAAUUAGUCCUGCAAGUGGCCACUUGAAGAAAAAGAAAUACACUACAUUGGUCUCUUUAAGUGGACAUUUAUUUGAUCAAUUUCUAAUAAACGAGGCUUUGGAUAUUAUCGAAGCUGCAGGAGGGUCUUUUCACCUUGUUAGGUGUGAAGUGGGCCAAAGUGCAAAUGCCAUGUCAUAUUCGGAGCUUGAAGUUGGUGCAGAUGAUAGUUCAGUCCUCGAUCAAAUAAUUGAUUCACUAACUUCUAUUGCAAAUCCAAGUGAAAAAUCUGGAGUUUCUGACAAAGAAAAGAAUAAGUUUUCUCUGAGGAUUGGUAAGGUCCAUGACUGUGGGCCUGAGAAGGGAGAUGACUCAAAGAAUGGGCCAGCUGUCCUAAUUUUGGGUGCAGGCCGAGUAUGCCGACCGGCUGCUGAACUAUUAGCAUCAACUGGAAGCAGUUUGUCUUGGCAAUGUUUUGAAACAUGUGUAGGCACUUAUAUCGAGGAAACUGAAGAUGUUCAAGUUAUUGUCGCCUCUCUCUAUCUAAAGGAUGCGGAAGAGGUAUGCUUGUGGAAUAAAUAGAACAACAUUCAAUCUGUUUUAUUG